AUAUUAUAAUGGCUCAGGGAAAAAAAAACCAAAAAAAAAAAAAAAAACUGAGGUCUGUUUACAACGUAAUUUACGGGAGCUACAGUAGCAGGAAAAUGUCUCCAGAACUAUGUAGUGCGCAGAUUCGUAUCACACAGCUCACACACAACACCUCUGCGACAUUCAGCAUUAAUAUAGCCCAUUAAAAUCACUUUAGUGUGUUAAUUUACUCAAGGUUUUGGGAGCUACAGAAAUGACGGAUGUCUUCAUAGCUCUGAGUGAGAUGUGUGCUGCGCAGAUUGGACAUUUUGAACACACCUAAAGAGGCGUUGGAUGAUCAGACUGUCCGCUUCCAGGCUUGGAUACAAAAAGCAGGUCAUAUUCUUUCUUCAUGGAUACUUGGGAACUAAAUCCUCACUCAGUGACUCCAGCAGCGAAGGUCCUGGCGAGAUGUGUAGCCUCAGGCAUAAUGUCUCAGAAAGAGCUUGAUGAUGUACCACGAGGCCCAGAGAUAUUUUCCUCUCGUCUGCUUGAAAUUGAGCAACUGAAUAAAAUCAAACAAGAGAUCGACCAGGUGAGCUUGGACUUGGAGCUGCUAAGACUUGAGAAAAACAGUGCAGAUGUUACUCACAGUUAUUAUCUAAGUCAGAGAUUUGCAUCCUUGCAGCAGUUCACGUCUCAUCUUCAGGAAGUGCUGAGAGAACAGACAAGUUUGCGUCAAAGGCUUAUGAAACCUCUUUGCCAGCAGAAUCUGCCUGUACAGGCUGAUCUUCAUCGGUAUGUGGUCACACUCAUGGCGAUGGUGGUUGAGUUCAUUGAGACUUUGGAAAUGAAAAUGAAGAUAGUUCACUCAAUUCCAACAAGUGAUGAAUCUGUGCGUAAUCUGAAUAAUGGCAUGACUCAGCUCCUGGCUCAAGUCACAGAGGUGGAGAGUCUGACGAAGCAAGUUCUUCAGUGGAGUGGCAAGCCAAAGGACAAUAUGUCCAGCUGAGAAAAUGGUAAACUGCAGGCCCCAUCCAACAGACAUAACAAAUGUGUUGUCACUGUAUUAUCACAUUAAAAGUGUAAUUCAUUAAUCAUUGCUUUAUUAACAAGCUGUCAUCUGUCUUUAUUUACUCUUCAGUUGGAGUGGUACGACCACUGUUGGCUUGUGGUUCCUCUUGAGUGUCAAGGGAACUUCCAGUAUAAAUAGUUACUGAAAUCUAAAGAUAGGUGUUGCAGAAGAACAGAAAAAACAGUAAUGUACACAGUCCUUGUAAAUAUUUUGUGUGUUAUGUAUGAGUGGUUUACUUUUGUUCCUUAACGCAUAAAUAAAUAAUACUUUUUAUUACAAAGAUGGGCUUGUUUUGGGCUAAACUAUGAAUAAGCAUAAUUAUUACCACAAUUAAUUACAUACAUAUCGAAGACAUUGUAAACUGAUAUAAUACCUGACUGUCUGGACCAUCUGCUGAUCAAUUCUUCACUGACGAGUGUGUAUCUGCAAUAUAAAUAAAAUUACAUGCCUAAA